AUGACUGCGCAUCAUCACUUGAUCCCCCUUCCAGCCACUGCCGGACCAGGGCCUUACCCAAUCAGUGGCCUGCGCUGCGGCUGUCCGCCCUGCAAAAAAGAAAGAACCUUGGAAGCUCUGGGACAAUCUUGGGACAAACAACCGUUUGCUUUCCUCCCUCGCGCCCUUCACUCGUUCCUGUCCGUCCCUACCUCGGUCUGCUUCUCGAAAGAGCAUGGAUCUAAAUGGCGAAACCAGCACAAAGCGCAAGCGCAGCUCCGUUGCCGCCCCGCCGAGCGCCCGACCAAACACCUGAAACCCGAGAGCUCGACAUUAACGCCCGGGGACGCCACGCCCGCGAACGGGACCGUCUACGAUGUCGAGGAUGAGGAGGAUACAGGCCGGGUGAUGCCUAUCGGCCCCGCGCAGGCGGAUUCGCCCGAGUGGCAGGCUACCAUUGAAAAGGUUGUUAAGAGCGUAGUGUCGAUCCAUUUCUGCCAGACUUGUUCGUUUGAUACGGACUUGUCGAUGAGUAGUCAGGCGACGGGGUUUGUGGUCGAUGCUGAGCGCGGAUAUAUCCUGACGAAUCGCCAUGUGGUUUGCGCGGGGCCGUUCUGGGGUUAUUGUAUAUUUGAUAAUCAUGAGGAGUCCGACGUGCGUCCUGUUUAUCGAGAUCCCGUGCACGACUUUGGUAUUCUGAAAUUCGACCCCAAGGCGAUCCGAUACAUGGAAUUGACUGAGCUCAAGCUUCGACCGGAGGCGGCCCGCGUGGGUUGUGAGAUUCGAGUCGUGGGUAAUGAUGCUGGGGAGAAGCUGAGCAUCUUGUCUGGUGUCAUCAGUCGGCUCGACAGAAAUGCGCCGGAGUAUGGCGACGGUUACUGUGAUUUCAAUACGAACUACAUCCAGGCCGCGGCAGCCGCCAGUGGUGGCAGUUCCGGCAGUCCUGUCGUUAAUAUUGACGGUCAUGCAAUUGCUUUACAGGCUGGCGGUCGCGCGGAUGGUGCGGCCACUGACUAUUUCCUUCCCCUAGACCGCCCCCUUCGUGCGUUGGAGUGCAUCCGACGCGGUGAGCCUGUCGCCCGGGGUACGAUUCAGACACAGUGGAUCCUCAAGCCUUUUGACGAGUGUCGUCGCUUGGGUUUGACUCCAGAGUGGGAGGCUGCUGUUCGCAAAGCCUCACCGCAUGAGACCAGUAUGUUGGUGGCUGAGAUCAUAUUACCCGAAGGGCCUGCAGAUGGAAAGCUCGAAGAAGGAGAUGUCCUGCUGCAGGUUAACGGGGAGCUCCUCACGCAGUUCAUCCGAUUGGACGAUAUCCUCGAUUCAAGCGUCGGGAAAACCGUGCGUUUGCUGGUUCAGAGAGGCGGUCAGAAUGUCGAGGUGGAAUGCGAGGUGGGCGAUCUGCAUGCCAUCACACCAGACCGUUUUGUCACGGUAGCCGGUAGUACUUUCCACAAUUUGUCCUAUCAGCAGGCCCGGCUUUAUGCCAUCGCCACUCGAGGAGUAUAUGUUUGCGAAGCAGCAGGCUCUUUCAAGUUGGAGAAUACCCUGUCGGGGUGGAUUAUUGAUGCUGUGGACAAACGCCCGACCCGAAAUCUAGACGAGUUCAUUGAAGUAAUGAAGACGAUCCCGGAUCGGGCUCGGGUGGUCAUCUCGUAUCGUCAUAUUCGAGAUCUCCACACCCGGGGUACCAGCAUCGUGUACAUAGACCGCCACUGGCAUCCCAAGAUGCGAAUGGCCAUUCGUAACGACGAGACGGGUCUGUGGGACUUUUCUGAUCUUGCCGACCCUGUGCCAGCUGAAACGCCGGUUCCGACGAAAGCUGAUUUCAUUCAACUCGACGGAGUCAGUCAGCCUGCGGUUGCGGAUAUUGUGCGCAGCUUCGUACGUGUCUCCUGCACCAUGCCCUUGAAGCUCGACGGGUACCCGCAAGCCAAGAAAACUGGUUUCGGGUUGGUGAUCGAUGCCGAAAAGGGUCUGGUUGUGGUGUCCAGAGCUAUUGUUCCCUAUAAUCUAUGUGACAUCAACAUCACUGUGGCCGAUUCGAUCAUUGUCGCGGCCAAGGUUAUCUUCUUGCAUCCUCUACAGAACUAUACCAUCAUCCAAUAUGACCCCAGUCUGGUACAGGCUCCUGUUCAGAGCGCUAAGUUGAGCACCGAGUACAUCAAGCAGGGCCAGGAAACCAUCUUCGUGGGCUUCAAUCAGAACUUCCGCAUCGUGGUCGCCAAGACAGCGGUCACCGACAUCACCACCGUCUCAAUUCCCGCGAAUGCCUCGGCGCCGCGCUACCGUGCGAUCAACCUGGAUGCCAUCACUGUUGACACGGGCCUGAGCGGGCAGUGCACGAACGGUGUGCUGAUUGGGGAAGAUGGAGUCGUCCAGGCUUUGUGGCUCAACUAUCUGGGAGAGCGCACCCCGAGCUCUCACAAGGAUGUGGAAUACCAUCUCGGUUUCGCCACGCCGGCGCUCCUGCCCGUUACAUCCAAGAUCCAGCAGGGGAUCAUUCCCAAGCUGCGAAUCCUCAACAUGGAGAGCUAUGUGGUUCAGAUGAGUCAGGCCCGCAUCAUGGGUGUCUCGGAGGAGUGGAUCCAGAAGGUAGCACAGGCGAAUCCAUCGCGGCACCAGCUCUUCAUGGUGCGCAAAGUCGACUGUCCUCCGCCGCAGCUCACGUCCGAUGCAGACUCAUUACAAGAAGGGGAUAUCAUCUUGACCUUGGACGGUCAACUCAUCACUCGCGUCUCUGAAUUGGACAAGAUGUAUGAGAAGGAGGUCCUUGACGCCCUUAUCGUGCGCAACGGCCAGGAGAUGCACCUCAAGUUACCUACAGUACCUACCGAGGACCUGGAGACCGACCGUGCCGUUGUCUUCUGCGGUGCCGUGCUGCAGAAGCCACACCACGCCGUACGCCAGCAAAUUUCCAAGCUGCACAGCGAGGUGUAUGUCAGUGCAAGGAGUCGCGGCUCCCCAGCCUAUCAAUAUGGCCUUGCGCCGACAAAUUUCAUCACCGCCGUGAAUGGCGUUCCGACGCCGAACCUUGACAGCUUCGUCAGGGAGGUCGGCAAAAUUCCAGACAAUACAUACUUCCGGUUGCGUGCCGUGACCUUUGACAACGUGCCAUGGGUUGUAACGAUGAAGAAGAACGAUCAUUACUUCCCCAUGUCCGAAUACAUCAAAGACCCAUCUCAGCCACUUGGGUGGCGCACGGUAUCCCAUGACAGAGACAGGCACAAGGAUGGCAUCACCCCGACGCAGCCAAUCUCAAUCCAGACGCCAUGGACGAGGUGUACGACGAGCGGGCCGAAGUCGAUCGGCUGGAGAAGGGAGGCCGCCGCUGCCGAAGAAGCGGAAGUUGCUCGCAGGCGCACCAGGGCCCAGGAGCUCCUCAAGGCCAUCUCCUUGAUGGCCUUGGGGGAGAAGGAGAAGAAGAAUAAGGAGGGCAAGGAGGGCAGCGCGCAAUGUAUCGUGGAUUGGAUUCAAGACUGGGAUGUUGACCGCGAUACAACUCGACCUGGGAUAUCGGGACUAUAUCAGGUCGUUGGUACUAGAGAUCUCCAUACUGAUUCAUCGGUUGGACAAGAAACCGAUGGCAAUGACAACACCAAGGAGAUCCUUCGCGAAACUUUGAAAUACCUUCCAGGUGGUAGACUUCCCUUGCCGAGAUCAUUCGGCUGGCACACAGCAAGUUAUACCAACUUGCGCGGAGCUUAUCACAAAUCUCCUCACACCAAUGAAGGCUGCUGGUUUCAAUACAGCAGAGAUUCCUCUUUUAACCUGUCAGGAAACCAGCCAAGAAGACAAAAUAAAAGUAUAGAAUGUACCGCAAAUACCACAUCGUGCAAACAAGGCCGAUGGGAGACAGGAUCCCUUUCACGCGAACUUCCUUAUAACGUCAAAAGAGGGACGAAAGAUUACAUCAGCCCAUUACUACCCAGUCCCAAUUGGGGCCAGAAAAACGUAUGGUUCUCGAAAGCAAAGUAUAACGCAGGCAAGAAAGUCAUGGAUUACUUCCCCGACGCCGGGGAAUCCGGCAAUGGAUCAGCGAGAAAACCUCAUGCAGCGAAGACCAUUAUGGGAGACGAAAAGGUCGAUGGCUCUUAUCAAGAAGAUGACAGUGAAGACACUGAUAUCGGCGCAUCGGCUCUCGCUGACGUUGAAUAUACAUACAGCUUUGAGCCGGAUUUCUACUCAAAGUGGGAUCAACUAUUUCCUUCGGAUAUCUGUGAAGAGACGGACGACCCACCAAUCACCAUAUCCAUCUAG